AUGAAUAGAAGAAGUGCCCGCCAGAAAGAAAAACAGGUUGCAAUAGCCACUACUGUGGGCCAAAGAGCACUGAGAAGAUCUGCUCGUACCACCACAAAAGCAGCCAUAGUGGAAACUUAUGUCAGUGACAACGACGAUGACGAAGAAUACAACGACGCUGAAGAAGAAAACCAGAAAUCUAAACGUACCACCAGGUCUAGUGGAAGAACUCCAGUAAAGGAAUCCAGAACACGAAACUCUAGAGCAAUCCGUAAACUCAGUGAUAGUGAAGAAGAAGACACUGAGGAGACUGAAGAGAGCGAAGAAGAACACGACGCAGAGGAAAACGGCAAGAGUGAGGAUGCAGAAGUUGUAGAAGAAAUAGAGGAAGUUGUAGAAAACGGAAAAGAUGAUGACGUUGACGAUGAAGUUGACGAUGAAGUUGACGUUGAGGCAGAUAAAGUAAAGCCUUCUCGACUGAAGAAUAAUAUAAAUCCGAAGUCUGCUCGUCGUAAUAGUUCCAUUUCUCAACUCAAUGAUGAAACCUAUGAAGAAAGAAGAAGACGAUUCGUGCUAGACACCGACCCCAAGAUCGCCAAAGAAAAUGACGUGGAUGAUUCAACCAAGAGAUUCAAGCAUUUGCUUGGAUUGACACCUCUUUUCCGUUAUUUCAUAGACUUGAACGCUUCCAAAGAUGCUCGGUUCAAGAAGAGAAUAAGAGAGGUGGACUCCAAGAUGGAUUUCCAGUUGCCCAAGAAGAAUGCCAAGAUCAACAGAAGAAGACGUAAAACCGAAAAAGAAGAAGAUGCCGAAUUGUUGCAAGACGAAGAACACCAAGAUGAUGAAGACCAUCAGACUACUGUGAUAACAGAAUCUCCAUCUUUCGUUAAGGAAGGUAAGCUUCGUGAAUAUCAAGUACAAGGUUUGAAUUGGUUGAUUUCAUUGUUUGAAAACAGAUUAAGUGGUAUUCUUGCUGAUGAAAUGGGUCUAGGAAAGACCUUGCAAACUAUUUCAUUCCUUGGUUAUCUCAGAUAUAUUAAGAAGAUUGAUGGUCCAUUCAUUGUCAUAGUUCCAAAGUCUACCUUGGAUAACUGGAGAAGAGAGUUUGCCAAAUGGACACCAGAUGUCAAUGUCGUAGUUCUUCAAGGAACAAAAGAUGCCCGUCAUGAGAUUAUCCAGAACAAGCUAUUGACGGCUGAUUUCGAUGUCCUUAUUACUUCCUUCGAAAUGGUUAUCAGAGAGAAGUCGCAUUUGAAAAAGUUCAGAUGGGAGUACAUUGUCGUCGAUGAAGCACACAGAAUCAAGAAUGAAGACAGUUCGCUUUCGCAGAUUAUCAGAGUCUUUUAUUCUAAGAACAGAUUAUUGAUCACUGGUACACCUUUGCAAAACAAUUUACAUGAACUUUGGGCUCUUUUGAAUUUCCUUUUACCAGAUGUGUUCGGUGAUUCUGAAGUGUUUGACGAAUGGUUUGAAAAUCAGGGUGGUGAAGAUGUAGAUGAAGAUACAAGGCAAAAGAAUCAGGAUAAGGUAGUUCAGCAGUUGCACCAGUUGUUGAGUCCCUUCCUCUUAAGGAGAGUUAAAGCUGAUGUAGAAACUUCCUUGUUACCAAAAAUUGAAACAAACGUAUAUAUUGGAAUGACCGAAAUGCAAAUCCAGUGGUACAAGAAGUUGUUGGAAAAGGAUAUCGAUGCUGUCAAUGGUGUUGUUGGUAAAAGGGAAGGUAAGACAAGAUUACUCAAUAUUGUAAUGCAAUUGAGAAAGUGUUGCAACCAUCCGUACUUAUUUGAUGGAGCCGAACCAGGACCUCCAUAUACUAAUGAUGAGCAUUUGGUUUUCAACUCUGGUAAGAUGGUUAUAUUAGACAAGAUGCUUCAAAAAUUCAAAAGCGAAGGGUCCAGGGUAUUAAUCUUUUCGCAAAUGUCCAGAUUGUUGGAUAUCUUGGAAGACUACUGCUAUUUGAGGGAUUAUUCAUACUGUAGGAUUGACGGUUCCACUUCUCAUGAAGACAGAAUUGAAGCUAUCGAUCAAUAUAAUGAUCCAGAAUCAGACAAAUUCAUCUUCUUGUUAACUACAAGAGCUGGUGGGUUAGGUAUUAACUUGACAAGUGCUGAUAUUGUCAUCUUAUAUGAUUCAGAUUGGAAUCCUCAAGCUGACUUGCAGGCAAUGGAUAGAGCUCACAGAAUCGGACAAAAGAAACAGGUCAAGGUUUAUCGAUUUGUCACUGAAAAUGCCAUCGAGGAAAAAGUUUUAGAUAGAGCUGCACAAAAGUUAAGGUUGGAUCAAUUGGUCAUCCAACAAGGCAGGCAAAUGAAUGCUAACAAUACUAUUGGAAACUCUAAGGAUGAUUUGAUUGGAAUGAUCCAGCAUGGUGCAAAGAAGGUGUUCGAAUCUCAAAAGGGACAAUCAUCAAUGCUUGACGACGAUAUUGAACUCAUUUUGCAGAAAGGUGCUGAGAAAACUGCCAAUCUCAAUGCCAAAUUUGACAAAUUGGGCCUUGACGAUCUUCAGAAUUUCACUUCAGACUCUUCAGCUUACGAAUGGAAUGGUCAAAAUUUUGCAAAGAAGGACAAUGCUGGAGGUCUAGGCUUCUCCUGGAUCAACCCUUCGAAGAGAGAAAGAAAAGAGCAAACUUAUUCUGUGGAUAAUUAUUAUAAGGACGUUCUCAAAGCUCCUCCGUCUGUCAAGAGUGCAUCGAAAGCUGCCCAAGCAAAGCCCAGAGCACCAAAAAAUUAUAUACAACACGAUCAUCACUUCUUCCCAGAGGGUUUGGCUGAAUUGUUAGAAAGAGAGCAGUUGGCCUAUAAGAAGCUAACAGGAUUCACGUAUUCUGCGGAGGACUUUGGUGAUAGUGAUGAAGAAUUCUUGGCUGAUGAAUACAAAGGGGAACUUUCCAGGGAAGAAAAGCGAGAAAGAGAACAAAAGAAAAUUGAUGAAGCGGAAGCAUUAACUGAAGAAGAGAAUGAAUUGAAGAACAAAUUGCUUGAAGAAAGUUUCCAUUCCUGGACCAGAAGAGAUUUUACAAACUUCAUCCAUGCAUCUGCGAAGUAUGGCAGAAACUCCUAUGCAAAGAUCAGCAAGGCAUUAGGAAACAAGUCAGUGGAAGAAGUGGAAAGUUAUCUGAAGAAAUUCUGGUCUUCCUACCAGCAAAUUGAAAGCUAUGAUAAAUACAUCUCUCAAAUUGAAUCAAGUGAGAGAAAGAUAGCAAAAUUGGUAAACCAGCAAAAGCUACUUGCAGCCAAAAUGGAAUUAUUAGAAGACCCGAUUGAAGAAUUAAGAAUCCAAUAUCCACCUAACAACUCUAAAAGAGUAUACUCAAAGGCUGAAGACAGAUUCCUUUUAUGUUGUGUUCACAAAUAUGGUCUUUUCAGCGAGAAUUUACUUGAGAAGAUAAAAGAAGAGAUAGCAGCUUGUGAUUUGUUCAGAUUCGAUUGGUACAUACUCUCUCGAACUCCACAGGAAAUUGGUAGAAGAAUCAACACCUUACUUCUAGCCAUUUCUAGAGAACUGGAUGGUCCUCUUCAUAAUAAGAGGAAGCCAGGCAAACAAGUGAGUUCCAAUGCUAGUUCCAGACUAGGUUCAGUUGAACCAACUGUGAAUGGUGGAACUUCGAAUGGUGGAGUUACAAAGAGAGGAAGCUCUGACAUGAAAUCAUCGACCACAGAUUCACAACCCAAGAAAAAGAAAAUUUAA